UGGUGUCACGCCCACACUGAUAACACAAAAAAUAAACGCACUUGGCUUUGAUGGAGUUCUAAUUAAACGUCUCCAAACAGGCUGGCCAACAGCAGUGAUUACGAUGGCUAAUUGUGAAAUCGUCAUCCUCGACGGCGGGUCGGCUACCGAACUCGAACGAUUAGGUGAAACGUCGAUCAAUGCGGAUCCAUUAUGGUCGGCUCGACUGCUUCAUUCAAAUCCAGAACUUAUCAAACAGGCCCACAAGAAUUUCAUUGAAGCCGGAAGUGACGUGGUUGUCACGGCAACCUACCAAGCUUCAGUGGAAGGCUUCUGUCAAGAGCUUCAAAUUACCGAGGACGAGGCUGUUCGUCUUAUGUUUUCUGGGACAAAAAUCGCGAGAGAUGCAUGGCGGGAAGCUUCUGACAGCAUUCGAACAGAAAGAAAGUGUUGGGUGGCGGGCUCUGUUGGACCCUAUGGAGCGUGUCUACACGACGGAUCAGAGUAUUCGGGGACAUACAUGGACAAGAUGUCAAAACAGGAUUUGAUUGACUGGCACCGUCCACGUGUCCAGGCUCUGCUGGACAGCAAGGUGGAUAUCCUGGCUAUAGAGACCAUUCCAGCCACCGAAGAGGCCGAGGCUGUACUUGACCUCCUACAGGACUAUCCCGGGGCCAAGGCAUGGGUCACAUUUUCCUGUAAGGACGGGAAUCAAACUUUUCAUGGGGAGAGGUUCUCGGACGCCAUCGAGGCAGUUGCUAAGCGACAAGGUGUGGAAGCCGUUGGCGUUAAUUGUACAGACCCGCAGUUUAUUACUCCGCUCCUCAAGAGUAUACAGCACCUCAACCUAACGAUACCGGUCAUCGUCAAACCCAAUAGCGGCGAGGAUUGGGAAAAGGGAAUAGGAUUCUAUAACAGAGACAAGUGUGUACCUGUGGUUUCUAUGGUUACCGAGUGGAUGGAACUUGGUGCCACGUGGAUUGGGGGAUGCUGUCGGAUAUUUCCAGCAGAUAUCGCGGACAUUAAACAGAAACUGAAAACCUAAACACUUUGUUAUUGGUUCUUUCUAUGAUGACGUCAUGAUCGAACAGCAAUGCUAAUAAAUACAUUAAGUAAA